CAGGAAAGGUAACCAACAUACAUCGAUCGACGACAACCCCUUUCCCCCAAGCCUGCUCGGCCUUGUGAAUGAAAGGGUAGAGAAGUACCCGGACCGCACAAGAGCGUCCCUGGGUACUCACGCUGAACCCAGUCCGCCAUUCAGCUUCGCACGAUUCCACACAGCGCUGGCUGUUUACCCACCCGACCUCGUUCCAAGCCGUAAACGGGUAGUCGGGUGUCAUGCCGGAGCACAUGCUCGCAGGUCUAUAAAAAAAAAAGAAAAAAAAAAAAAGGAAGAGGGUGCGAGUCUCAGGUGUCUUCUAUCCUUACCGCAGCGCUUGGCGGAGCACAGGUCCCACUCACCUGGCAGCCGUGUACGGUUACGGAAGGUUAUAGUCUGACUUUGUAUGACAGGUUUUACUCGCCAGUGGUUUGUAAAAGAAAAGUGAGCCAACUGAUUGCUCGCAAGUCGCUGGCGAGGGUUUGCCGGAUGCAUUCGUGUCCGCGAGCUGUGACUAAAGCUGCCAGUUCCUGACACACCUGUUGCUACAGAUUCCUACCACACCUGACGAGGCCAGCGACAGGCUCUGAAUCGGGCGAGAGGCAGGUUGGCAAAGGAGCAAUGGAUUGAAGUGCUUGACCAUGAUGCAGACUUUCCUGUGAGGACAUGAUGCCAUCCUGUCGAUAGCUGAAUCAGGAAGCUCUAGUAAUCCCACCUUCCUUUCAGAGCUGGUUGCUAUAGUGACCACGGCCCAGUAUCAAGCAGUUAAAGGUGACUUGCAAUACAAUUAGCCAAAGCAAAUAACGAGAAUUGGUUUUGUCGGGAAAACUCACAGGUACCUUAGAGUGGAGGCACGUGACACUAGUUAAAUUGUUAAAUCGCUAUUUUACCUGCAAGAUAUCAGGCUUUGUCCAGGUGAGCGCAAGGCAACUGAAUUAAUGUCAAAGUAACUGACAGACACUUUCACACUUUCACUUCUGCCUGAGUUAGUGGAUCGUUCCGUGUGACCACUUCAGGCCGCGAGUACAACUACAAGGACUCAUCAAGCGUUUCCUUUGGAUUCAUGAUCAGAGUAAUUCGACUGCUGGGAACUUUUUUUUUACCCUUACGCGGUUUGAAUUUGUUGAGCGAGACUUCUACUGAACCAGGUGCAAACAGAUGAUGUACAAGUGUUUAGCUACAUUAAGACUGCGCCUUGUCGCUCGGAGAGAGACAGGUGAGCUGACUUGGCAGCGGCUGGAGGAUUGUGUUUAUUGUAGGACAUUCCUUCCCCUCCCUACCCUUGUUCUGCUACCUUGGUGCCCGUGUUCUCCCACCCGGGGUGUAUGUGCGAAUGAAGGCCAUGGUGUGAAUAGAGAGACUGUUGUGCUUUUUCUGUAUGUACAGCACUCAGCCACUAGGCCCUCGCUGUACACCUAAGUACUAAGUCCCUCCUACGGUCACGUGGGCCCACAGCUCGCAGACAUUCACGUAGCACGUGUCGGGGAGGGUGCCAGAGGGAGGAGGAAUGGAGGAGAUUUGAAUUUGAAGGAACUGUAUUGUUACCCUGUUAGCACUGGCACUGGCCUCCUGCUCCCUUCCCUCUCCCCCUCCUCAAGUAACGACGGUGAGGAUCAGCAAGACGACAGACAGGAUGGACAGGAUGGACAGACACCAUGAGGGUCUGUAGCUACUACCAGGAGCGCGAGGUCUCCACGUUGUGCUGACUGCCAUGUCCUCCCUCUGCUGUUGGGCAACCAGAGCCAUGAAGUCCGACACGAGUGAACGGGAGGAGAAGAUCCGGUGGGACAAGUCCCGUCUGCACAACGAAAAGCUUCGCAACGGGCAUCCACCCGCCUCGUCGCCUAGCAGCCGCAAGGUCAGCGGCACCUCCGCCGCCACCACCUCCGCAGGGCCCAAGUCCUCGGCGGGAGGUCAUAGGUCGUCGCACAGCGGAGGUCAAAGGUCUCACGAGCGCGAGCUGCGGACGUCGUUCGACCCGAUGAAGGACCUGCACAUGUGGACGAUGUGGCGGACCGCCGUCAACGGCCGCAUCAUGGACGAGGUGCGCAAGAAGAGCGAACACCCGAGUCACCAGUACCCGCACCUGCACCAGCAGGCGGACUCCACCCCGUACGGCAGCGCGCUGGUCCGGACCCCCCUCAACCGCUUCAUCCGCAUGGGGGACAGCUCGCAGAACCUGGCCACCAUGAUGAUGGACCCCCACCAGCAAGGCAACGGGCACUUGCAGACGACCCAGUUCGUCUUUUACGGCGUACCCCGGGUAGUGUUAAAGAAACCCAAACGUCCUUGACGAGUCAAGGAAAGAGGACGGGUAGGAGUGGACUGUCUGGUGUAAACUCUUGCUGUCAACUCUGACAGCCACUGGCACUGCACCCUGUGUAUGUGUGCUUGUGUCAUGCGUGAACACGUGACCAAACUGUAUCUUGCUUUCCGGUUCCUGGCACGGUCACGUGCCGAAGAAAGCAAUGGUAAACUUGUGUCCUCUUCUGUCGCCCUCUCGUGUUGCGAUUUGGUUUUGUAAUAUUCUGUCCAUUGGUGCUAUUAAUAAAGUUCCACGAAUCGGACAUCGAGACCUCCUCCCCUUCCCUCUUCCCUACUUCCCCAUAGACAAUAACUUGUUAUUUGAUUCAACCAUCCUCUUUCCUCAAUACCUCAUAAUAUAUGUCUCGCUGGUACCAAAUGAACAUUGUUAAAUAGGAUCAAGAAGAUUGUUAAAUAAAGGCUUGUAAAGGGGUUUACCCGCCCACCCCAAUCCUUCCACAACAGGAAAUACCCCUCCACUCUUUCUUACAUUCCCAGAUAUCGGCAUGGACCGGCUCUGAACAUUGUGCAACUCCUUUAGACAGAACUUCUUCUAAUGACAGAGCUGUAGCACGAAGCGGUUGUUGCUGUUAAUAAGUUUAAUUAAAUUAUGUAAUUUAAUGAUUGUUUUGAUGUCACAUUCACUACCAGUGUUCUAAGAAGUUGAAACAUACAUUUCGAAACGAGAUUUCAUGCAGAAAAAACAAAGUAUAUUGCAGAUAUCGAAAUAGUUAUUAUAUCGGUGAUACCAUAGAAACAAAUAGUUUUGAAUUGAAAGUUAUGUUAUAUGUCUUGCCAAACCAAACAAUUUCAAAGGCGAAAGAAAUAUGUAUGUACAUAUUUUCUGUGGGAAGCAAGAUCAUGUCCACAAUGCAGACCUUUUGUGCUUGUACACCUUGUUUGCUGUAUAUUAGGUACAAACCUUCUGUAGAAUGUUCAUAGAAAUCUGGACACCACUUGUAUUUUUUAACUUUCAGCUUUUCAAAGAUGAUAUUUAUUCUGAAACUGUACGCAUAAAAAUUAUAUUUUUCAGUUAUUUGCCCAAAGGUGUAAAUUGCCUUGAGCACCCCACUGCAUGCUCACAACCAGAUCCUGUCUUGCUCUUAGUCUGGAUCUUCUAUUUUCUUCUGUUAGUCAUUCAAUAGAACACGACGCGCUGUAAUUCGAGAAGUGUUUGACCCCUGGCAAGUGACCCGUCGGGAGGAAGGGAGUGGAUGAGGGUGAAUAUAAAUUUAAAACUGUGACAUUUCGAUUUAUUUAGGGUUUGGUAAGAGUUUUUGUGUAGGCAGAAACGGAACAUCAAACAAACUUUAUGACUGGCACAGUGUAGCAAGUGUCUCACAUAAAACAAAGACUUUGCCAAUGCUCCGGCAAAAUGACAGGAUACCAGGAUACUAUACUAAAGAAGAAUAUUUCAUGUGAAUUUUGUAUGUGUGCGUGUGUGUGUGUGUGUGGGGGGGUGUAUGAAGAAAAAUGAGGAUAAAAGAGUUUGCUAUUGUUGUUAAAAAUAGGUACUAUAUUAUUAUUAUUAUUAUUAUUAUUAUUAUUAUUAUUAUUAUUAUUAUAUUAUUAUUAUUAUUAUUAUUAUUAUUAUUAUUAUUAUUAUUAUUAUUAUUAUUCAAACGUAUCACAAACUCUUUUCUUUCGACAUGUUAUUUGUCUUAUAGUCCAUGUUUGCCAUGGGACAGAUUAAAGCGUUGAUGCUGUGUCCUCCCACUGAGCUCUGUCUCUACUUGAGAAACAUUUAAAAACCCAAAAAUACAGUGUGGGUCUUUUGUGUGUGAAGUAUCACAAUGAUUCUGGAAAAGCAUGAUAAGCAAACGUUUAAAGUUCAUUUUACUUUAUUUUUAAUUAAAUGAUCCAUUUUUACAUGUUGCAAAGUAGAUUUUACGACAUGUUUACGACUUACAUAACUAUGAAAAAAUUAAAAACCUGAUCUUCAGUCUAUUUAAUAUUCCACGAACCAUUAAACAGGCAGUAAGCUCUCUCUAUAUAUAUAUGUUCUAAAAGGCAUGGAAUGUGUUUUCUUUCCUGUCAUCAUUUGUAAGCUUAUUUUUAUAAUGAAAGUAUUGAAGUAU